UGGCCGCCGAAAAUUUCACACCUUGAGUGGAUCUUCUGCCGAAAAAAAAUUGCUUUCGAACACCUUUCCCCUUCUACACCCCUAUAUAUUACUCCUCUUCUUCCCCCUUACUUCUAUUUCCAACCACAUAUUUAACACACAUUAAUCACUCACAAUGGGUUUCACCGACUUCGUUUCUGACGCUGGCCUCACUCUUGCCAACAACUGGUUUGCCACCAGGAGCUACGUUAUUGGCGAUGCUCCUUCUCAGGCCGAUGUCGUGACCUUCAAGGCCUUUACCAGCGCCCCUGACGCCGAGAAGUACCCUCACGCUGCUCGUUGGUACAAGCACAUUGCCUCCCACGAGGCUGAGUUUGGCUCUCUCCCUGGUGACGCCUCCAAGGCCUACACCACCUAUGGCCCCGAGUCCGCAGAGCUCCCCACCAACCCUAAGGACAAGCCUGCCGAUGAUGAUGACAUGGACCUCUUCGGCAGUGAUGAUGAGGAGGAGGACCCUGAGGUCGUUAAGGAGCGUGAGGCUCGUCUUGCUGAGUACAAGAAGAAGAAGGAGGCCAAGCCUAAGCCCGUUGCCAAGUCCCUUGUGACUCUUGAGGUUAAGCCUUGGGAUGAUGAGACCAACCUUGAGGAGAUGGAGGCCAACGUCCGUCAGAUCGAGAAGGACGGCCUCGUCUGGGGUGCCUCUAAGUGGGUUGCUAUCGGUUAUGGUAUCAAGAAGCUCCAGAUCAACCUUGUCGUUGAGGACGAGAAGAUUUCCCUUGACGAGCUUCAGCAGGAGAUUGAGGAGGAUGAGGACCACGUCCAGUCCACCGAUGUCGCUGCUAUGCAGAAGCUGUAAAUGAAAUUUAUGAAGGCAAAUGGUGUGAUGAAGGAUUAUUUCAUGUUAUUGAACGGAAACCAAAGUCAUGAAUUUAAAUAACUAGAACUCGACCGGUUACUGUCCGGUCGUUUUGAUGAAAUCAAAAAAUCAAAAAUACCCCCCUAUAAUCAUACAUUCCCCAUCUCCAGUAAAUCUUCAUGUACGUUAUAUCGGGCUACCGCGCAAUAAUUUUGAAGGCAAUCAAACGUUGAGUACGUGGUGAGUAAGUGGUAAACAACGAUGGUGCCCAACCUUGCCUUCACUUGGGCUGCUGCGUUUCUCAACGUGGGGUUUGUGCGGAAACCACCAGAUGGAUGCACAAUUGGUCUUAAAUACCCGCCGUAGAAGCUAGACUGCUCCGGAACAUCGUUAGUAAGCUUUGCUGAUAUCGACGCUCAAUCACUCC